GCAGUCCCCCUGUGUGGUGCUGAUCAGGUGGUUGCAGAGCUCCAGCUCACAGCAACACAAUGCAGCUGAGCAGGCAAGCACAGCCCACAGCCAGAAGCGGUUCCUACUUUCCAGAACAAGGCGACCUUUAAGCUUAAGUUUCCCGGAGAAAAUGAGAUGCUGAUGUUGAAGACGACACUAUGGCUUUGAUGGAAUAUCAGAUAUUGAAAAUGUCUCCCAGCCUGUUCAUCCUUCUGUUUCUCACACCUGGUAUUUUAUGCACUUGUCCUCUCCAAUGUAUAUGCACCGAGAGGCACAGGCAUGUGGACUGUUCAGGCAGAAACUUGACUACAUUACCAUCUGGACUGCAAGAGAAUAUUAUCCAUUUAAAUUUGUCUUAUAACCACUUUACUGAUCUGCAUAACCAGUUAACCCAGUACACCAAUCUGAGGACCCUGGACAUUUCAAAUAACAGGCUUGAAAGCUUGCCUGCUCGGUUACCUCGGUCCCUCUGGAAUAUGUCUGCUGCUAACAACAACAUUAAACUGCUUGAAAAAUCUGAUACUGCUUAUCAGUGGAACCUUAAAUACCUGGAUGUUUCUAAGAAUAUGCUGGAAAAGGUUGUCCUCAUUAAAAAUACACUACGAAGUCUCGAGGUUCUCAACCUCAGUAGUAACAAACUCUGGACAGUUCCAACCAACAUGCCCUCCAAACUACAUAUCGUGGACCUGUCUAACAAUUCCUUGACACAAAUCCUUCCAGGAACAUUAAUAAACCUGACAAAUCUCACACAUCUUUACCUGCACAACAAUAAGUUCACAUUCAUUCCAGAUCAAGCUUUUGACCAACUCUUUCAGUUGCAAGAGAUAACCCUUUACAAUAACAGGUGGUCAUGUGACCACCAACAAAACAUUACUUAUUUACUUAAGUGGAUGAUGGAAACAAAAGCCCAUGUAAUAGGGACUCCCUGUUCUAGCCAAAUAUCAUCUUUGAAGGAACAUAACAUAUACCCCACACCUUCUGGAUUUACCUCAAGCUUGUUCACUAUAAGUGGGAUGCAGACAGUGGACACCAUUAACUCUCUGAGUAUGGUAACUCAGUCCAAAGUGACCAAAAUACCCAAACAAUAUCGAACAAAGGAAACAACAUUUGGUGCCACUCUAAGCAAAGACACCACCUUGACUAGCACUGACAAGGCUUUUGUGCCCUAUCCAGAAGAUACAUCCACAGAAACCAUCAAUUCACGUGAAGCAGCUGCUGCAACUCUAACUAUUCAUCUCCAAGAUGGAAUGGUUACAAACACAAGCCUCACUAGCUCAACAAAAUCAUCCCCAACACCCAUGACCCUAAGUAUUACUAGUGGCAUGCCAAAUGAUUUCUCUGAAAUGCCUCAACAAAGCACAACCCUUAACUUACGGAGGGAAGAGACAACCACAGAUGGAAAGACACGCUUACCUUCUGUGGCAAGUGCUUGGAAAGUAAAUGCUUCAUUUCUCUUAAUGCUCAAUGCUGUGGUCAUGCUGGCUGUCUGAGGGGCUGCACUUUUCCGAAAUUUAAUGAAUGAACUCCUCCCUGAUGUACAGCUGGGAAAAUAUUCCCCUAUCUAACCAAUGACUCAAGCUAUAUUAAGUAUUUAAGAAAGCCAGUCUUACCAUUUCUGACUCUGAUGUAAAUGAAGUAACUUGUCUUAAAUAAAAGGAGUGCACAAUGUCUUGGUACUUGCUGCUAUUUUACUGUCUUAAUGAAGUAAAACUAAUGAGUUUCUUUUUUUUAAAAAUGAAGUGUUUUCUUUUUAAGGCUUCAAUUUACUGCACAAAAUAUAAAGCAUCUAAACUUUAAUAUGUAUUUUAUGUAUGUUUACACUGUCAAACAUCUGGGAAAAAAAUAAAAGGUCUAUGCUCA